UGCAUUAAUUGAGACAGUUGGAGGAUAUUAAAGAGAAACUAGAUAUUCUAAAUUUGUUAUGAACUGCCUCUCGUACAAGGUUUUAGCUUAAUCUGGACUGGAACGGCCUUCAGUUUGGUUUUGAUCAUCGGUCUCUCGUCGUCACCUGUUAAUUGUUUUAUUUGUGAAAAUGUUGGAGUUAAUUGCCGGUUUAGUAUUAGGCUUUUGGACGAUCUGCCUGGGAAUCUUGCUCUGGGCGGAUUGUGACAUUUGGACCUUUAUGCAUCUCAAGUUUGGGAACGAUAUUGCGAGUCGUUUUGAAGGAAAGGUCGUCUGGGUGACGGGAGCUUCAUCGGGAAUCGGGGAAGGACUGGUGAAGGAGUUGGUGAAAGUGAAAAAUGUAAAAAUUGUGCUCUCUGCGAGAAGGAAGGAGGAACUGGAACGAGUGAGGAAAGAGUGUUUGGGAAUUAAUAAAUCGGCGAGGCCCGAUUCCGUUCUCGUCUUACCGUUCGACAUGGUGGAUUAUGACAGCCACACGCCAGCCUUAGAAAAAGUGAUAAAAACAUUUGGCAAGCUCAACGUCCUAAUUUCCAAUGCGGCAGCGAUGGGCCAAUACGCGUUUUGGGAGGAGGCCCCAAUUUCCUCGGAUAAGGCUCUGUUCGAUUUGAAUGUGUUCUCGCUCGUUAAUUUGAACCGGAUUGUGCUCAAUUAUUUCAAAAAUGAGCGGGGACGUCAGGGACAUUUGGCGGUGGUUUCAAGUUUAGCGGGAAAGUUUGGAGUUCCUUAUCUCACGCCGUACACGCCGACGAAAUAUGCGCUAAAUGGUUAUUUUGAGAGUUUGAGAAACGAAUUGCGAAAAAUGGAGAGGAUUCAUGUCACCCUGCUCUGCCCGGGGCCGGUGGUGUCGAAUAUUGGCGAUAAUGCAAUGACUGGAACUGGAGAGAAAUUCAAAAAUAGCAAAUUUUCCAUAAAACCGUCCAACAUUAUGACGGCUGCGCGAUGUGGAGAAAUCUGCCUGGCAGCGAUUGCCAAUAAAUUGGAGGAAUCCUGGAUGGCACCACUUCCAAAUUUGCCAUUCCUCUAUUUGGCCACGUAUCAGCCUUUCCUAUUUGCAAAAAUCUCCGCAAUUCUGAUGAAGUAUUUGGUGGUUGAAGAAAAAUAAUGGAAGAUUGUACCAAUUAUUUUAUUAUGUAUAUAUGUAUCUAAUAACACUUAUCAAAUUGCAACGAACAGUGUAUAUGUAAGGCAAUAAAUCGCAAUUAUAAAAUCAA